AUGGAAAUAAAUAGAGGUACAUCAUUCAAUCAACAAGAGGAUGAGCUAUUGUGUCAUGUGUAUUUAGAAAUAUCACAAGACCCAAUAGUCAGCAAUAACCAAGCUUUGAAAAAGUUAUGGGAAAAAAUAAAAGUAGCUGAAUUUGAAGAGCUGCAUAAUUCAAGUGGAGAAUAUGCAUCCAAGUGGUGCAUCUGA